GAGAAACUUACGAAAACAAAGGCUUUGAAAAAUGAGAGUCAACGAGCGAGGCUAACAUAAAGUUACCACUCAUUCAAAGAUUCGGAAUCUUUACUUACCACGAUAGGAGUAUCUCUUUUGUUUCGUCUAUUUCCAUCUUUUCUAUUCGUCCUGUAGUGUAAUGUGCCGGCGAUUCUUCUUUUCGUACGUUAACGUCGUCACGCAAUUCAAAGUUGUUAGAUUUUUAUAUGUGUCUAAAUAAUAAGUAUCCUUAAACUGGAUCCAGAGCUUGAUUUAAUGGCUUCUGUGAUUAUUCAUCGCGACGAAGACACGCCAUUAGUUGCCGCCGAUAAUGAAUCGCUACUUCAAUUUCAACCGCCUAAAAGCCACACCAGAGAUGUUCAUGUAUUGAGUAUAGCGUUUUUAUUGAUCUUUCUAGCUUAUGGAGCUGCUCAAAAUUUACAGAGCACUCUCAACACUGAGGAGGACUUGGGGACGACUUCACUUGGGAUACUAUAUUUGUCUUUUACAUUUUUCUCUGUGUUUGCUUCUUUGGUGGUGCGGAUUCUCGGUUCCAAGAAUGCUUUGAUUAUCGGUACAUCUGGUUAUUGGUUAUAUGUGGCUGCAAAUUUGAAGCCGAAUUGGUAUACAUUGGUUCCAGCCUCUUUGUAUCUUGGGUUUUGUGCUUCUAUAAUAUGGGUUGGACAGGGAACAUAUCUAACUUCCACUGCACGCAGUCAUGCUACAGAUAACAAUCUCCACGAAGGUGCAGUAAUUGGUGACUUCAACGGGGAAUUCUGGGCUGUGUAUGCACUCCAUCAGUUUAUUGGAAAUCUUAUUACAUUUGCUCUACUCAGUGAUGGGCAGGAGGGAAGUACCAAUGGCACAACUUUAUUGUUUGUUGUGUUCCUUUUCGUUAUGACCUUUGGUGCAAUAUUAAUGUGCUUUCUGCAUAAACGGAGUGGUAAUAGUAAGGCAGGAUACAAGGAUUCAGAAGCUGAUGCCGGUGAAUCCACGUCCCUUAAGUCUCUAUUUAGAUCACUCACGAGUGCAUUGUCUGAUGUGAAGAUGUUGUUGAUCAUACCUCUUAUAGCAUAUUCAGGUCUACAACAAGCAUUUGUAUGGGCGGAAUUUACCAAGUAUAUUGUAACCCCUGCAAUUGGUGUUUCUGGUGUUGGUAUUGCAAUGGCAGCAUAUGGGGCUUUUGAUGGAAUCUGUUCUUUGGCUGCUGGUCGUCUCACCUCUGGUCUCAAGUCCAUUACAUCAAUAGUUUCUGUUGGAGCUUUUGCUCAGGCGGUUGUUCUAAUCUUGCUUCUGCUAGAUUUCAGCAUAUCUAGCGGAUUUCUCAGUACGUUAUAUAUACUCUUUUUGGCUGCUUUGUUGGGCAUAGGUGAUGGUGUUCUAAUGACACAGCUCAAUGCUUUGCUAGGAAUGCUAUUUAAGCAAGACACGGAAGGGGCUUUUGCGCAGCUAAAGAUAUGGCAAAGCGCUACAAUUGCUAUCGUGUUCUUUUUGGCCCCACAUAUUUCGUUCCAAUCAGUUGUCGUGACCAUGUUGGUUUUUCUAUGCUUAUCAUUCUGCAGUUUUCUUUGGUUGGCUCUCAAGGUGGGGAGGGGAUCAUCACCCUCCACCAGUGAGUGAAUUUAAUGUGGCUGCAACUGCAAGCAUAACCGAAUUUCCUAUAUGCUCCUUUGUAUUGCCUGGAACACUUCCAAUACGACCUUCGCCUCUGUUUUAUGCUCACAUUUCCUCCACUUGAAUGAAAUGUAUAUUUUGUGACGGUUAUUAUUUAUUAGCUCAAGUGGCUAUUGAUUAUUUACUGAAAAAUAUUCUUGAUGAAUUAGUAAGAUAUUCACAGUCGAAAUUCUC